CUACCAAAUUCAGCCCAAAGAAGAAAAAGAAAUUAAAACGUGGAUCAGCUGAGCUAGCUGAAAGUGAAAAUCCUAUUUCAUAGUGCGCUGCUUCUGGAUAUAUCUAUAGAGUUUUGGGAUGGAGAAUGACAUCCUCGUCUCUCUGGAAGAUUUAGGGUACCAGGGCCCUCUUUUAGAGGAUGGAGCUCUGGAUGCUGCUGUGAGCAAAGGAGCAGCUUCUCCCGAGUUCACUAAGCUCUGUGCCUGGAUUGUCUCAGAACUUAGACUUUACUGCAAAAUGGAGGAAAAUGUCCAUGCCACUAACUGUCCCAGUGAAGCAGAGGGCUUCCAGCUGGAGAUGAGUGGUCUGCUGUCAGAGCUCACCUGUCCUUACUCUGUUCUCACCAGCGGAGACAUCACCCAGAGGCUACUCAACAGGACAGACUGUCUGCUGCUUCUCACUUUUCUGGUGUCAGAGUUGGAGGCGUCGAGAAUGAUCCUGGUUAACAAGCCUCAGAAGAAGGCCCAUGAGGCUGGCAGUCCUGCAUUCCAGGAACUGAAGACGAUCUGCAUGACACUGGGAAUGUCCAAACCUCCAGCCAACAUCACCAUGUUCCAGUUCUUCAGUGGAAUUGAGAAGAAGCUGAAAGAAGCUAUUAGUCGAGUUCCACCAAAUCAUGUGGGAGAGCCUUUGAUGAAGAAAGUCCUUGGUCCUGUGCACUUGGAAAAAAUCGAAGCAAUAAAUCAAGCACUAGUAAAUGAGUAUGACGUUAGGAGGAAGAUGUUGUUGAAACGUCUCGAUGUCACAGUGCAGUCCUUCGGUUGGUCUGAUAGAGCAAAGAGACAUGCUGAUAAGCUGGGGAAAGUUUACCAACCUCUGCGUUCUGCCCUUGGAGCCAAAAGUAGAAUUUCUGUGUCUCACCUUCUUGCUGCUCGACAAGACUUCUCAAAAAUCCUCCGCACAAGCAGCGGCAAGAUAAGAGAGAAGACCGCUUGUGCUAUAAAUAAGGUUCUGAUGGGCCGGGUGCCAGACAGGGGAGGCCGUCCCUGUGAAAUUGAGCCUCCACCUCCAGAGAUGCCAUCCUGGCAGAAGCGUCAGGAUGCUCCCCAAGGUGGAGGGCACUAUGGUGGGGGACACGGAGGCGGCAGGGGAGGCUAUGACCAUUACUCCCAAGGUGGCCGCAGUGGCUAUGAGAGAGGAGGUAGAGGAGGGGGUGGCAGAGGGGGUAAGGUGCAAGGAGGCUGGGGUGACGGAGGUGGGAAAGGAAGUUAUAGUCAGGGCCACUAUCAAGAUGCAGGAGGGCAUCAGGGAGGAGGGAGAGGAGGUUAUGGAGGAAACAACCUCCAGGACCCUUGCUACCAUGGAGGAGUAGGAGGUGGUUUCCACGAGGGUUAUCACCAAGAUGGAGGCUGGCAUCAGGAGAGAGGUGGAGGAAGGGGAGGUCGAGGGGGUAGGGGAAGAGGUGGAAGAGGAGGGGGAGGGGGAGGAGGAGGAGGAGGGGGAGGGGGCUGGGGAGGGAGAGGGGGGCAACAUUUUAACCAAGGAGGACAAUUUGAACAGUUCUUCCAGCAUGGCGGGCAGCACUACAACCAAGCUGGCUUUAAUCAAGGCAGACACUACACUAGUUGAAAGCACAGUGUGGUGUAAAGCUGCACAGUCAAGAUCAACUACUUCCCAUCACAAACUGAUGCCUUUCCAUAUGAUCGUAAACACGCAGCAUGGUUAAAAGAUUUUUUUUUCUUGUUGUCUUACUAGUCUUAUAAAAGAUUCCUAAGAUUUCAGUGUUAGUGCAUCUGUUGAAUCUGGCAAUGGAGUGCACAUCAUUAUCACACAUAGGAUUCUUGAAAUUCUGAUUUGGUGGUUACUUGAAAGCAGCUUUAUUUUCUGGUCUUUAUUUUGUGUCAGUAGAUUUGACUGGAAUCUCCUGUGUUACUUAUUUAAGAUUAAAUAAAAAUCUUAUCUUGUACAUGCUCAUGUACGAUUGUGUGCACACGGCUAUGGAUGUUGGAAGGUUUGCAUGGAUGUGUGAAUGAUUAAUAAAGAUGAAACAAG